AUGUCACAGGUCCCUUCCAGCUCCUCUUCGAAGAGGCCAAGUGCUUCCAGUAGAAGAUCCUCUAGUUCUGGUUGGACCAAAAAGCUUACAAAGCUCCUUCCGACCCGUGAAAAAUCGCCGAACCCCGUAAAUGAUUUCGGACUAAACACACUCUACGAACCGCCCUCAGCCACGGUGGUCAUCGCCGACUUCGUCUUUGUUCAUGGCUUAGGCGGAGGAUCUAGUACAACUUGGAGUCUCAAUCAGGAUCCAGAUUAUUUCUGGCCUAAGAAAUGGCUCCCAAAUGAUUCGGAUUUCAAUGGCAUCCGCAUUCACAGCUUUGGAUACAACGCCAACUGGGCGACAUGGCUGUCGAGUCCUUUAGACGUGCACGCUUUUGGGCAGUCCUUGAUCGAGGAGCUCCGAAGUGAUCCCAAAGUUAAAGCUCAAGAAACACCUAUCGUUUUAAUCGGACACAGUUUGGGCGGACUUGUCAUAAAGAAAGCGUGCAUUCUCUCCAAGACCAACCCGGAUUUCGGGCAUAUCGCUAACAGACUACACUCCUUCUAUUUCUUAGGAACCCCUCACCGGGGAUCAAACCUCGCUUCAACAUUGAAUAACCUUCUUCGCACUGCGGGCACUGGCCGUCGAGCUUACGUGGCGGGACUCGAGACUAAGUCAGAGAUGAUACGAGGCUUGAACGAUUCCUUUCGAGUUCAUUACACAGGAAUCCAUUUACAUACGUUCUACGAAACCCAGCCGACUCCUCCCUUGGGAUUGAUCGUCGACGUAGAAUCAGCCACUUUAGGUUACACUGAAGAGCGGCCGCAACUUAUGAACACCAAUCACAGGGGACUUGCGAAGUUCGACAGUGUCAACGAUUCAAACUAUAGAUCGCUCAGAAAUAGACUCGCAUCUACAGUUCAACAGAUACGAGAGGAGAGGGGAGUCUACAAGCCGGUAACAAUCGAUGCUGAAUCGGAAGUUCCAGAUCCUCCGCCGCUGUACAAGCCCGAUUCGGAACAGUUGAGGCACAUUGCCCAGUACUUGGGUGUCGAUCGGUCGUACGAUGAUCGUCUAUCAUCAAUCAACGAUACCAGAUUAGAUGGCUCCUGCAGAUGGCUAAUAGGAAAGGCCUCGUUUCAAGAUUGGAAAUCCUCGCUUACUCACCACUAUUUCUGCCUAAAGGGAGCCCCAGCUUCCGGAAAGUCCACUAUAGCAAGUUAUGUCAUUCAACAUCUUCAAGAGAACCCAACGUGCUUCUACUUCUUCAAGGCCGGGGAUAAAAAGACUUCAGGGCUUAGCAGUUUCUUACGCUCCAUGGCUUUUCAGAUGGCCUUAGUGAACUUCGAUAUUCGGGAGGCCAUAUUCAAACUCUCGCAACAAGAACUACCACUUGACAUACAUGAUCAAAGGUCCAUUUGGAAUAUCCUGUUUACCGGUUGCGUAUUGCAUACCAAGCUUCGGAAACCACAUUUUUGGGUUAUUGAUGCCUUAGACGAGUCUGCUGACAGAGCUCCAUUGGAUGAGUUUGGCCUAUUAUUGUCCAAGAUUGACACCUCUAUACCUCUGAAAAUUUUUAUCACGAGUCGGCCCAGUGUUGUUCUGGAUAACAUGUUUAGCCAGCUGCCGACGAUAACUGAGCUGGUUACACUGGAUGAUCUUGUUGGCGAUAUUCGGCUAUAUGUUGAAGCAUAUUCAGCGAACCUCCCUGUUGCGGAUGCUUCUGAAAAGCGAAACCUCAUUGAAAAUAUUGUGAGCAUGUCGGGUGGUAGUUUCCUGUGGACUGUCUUAGUAAUGAGACAGCUUCGGGACGUCAUUGCCGUGGAAGAAGUACACGAAGUCCUCCGCGAAGUCCCCCAAGAAAUGAAUGAGCUCUAUCUACAUAACAUUAGAAGGAUGGAGUCUUCGAGGUCUAAAGAUGCUGUAAAGCAUAUGAUCACGUGGGCAAUAUGUUCCGUUCAUCCAUUGACCCUUGAUCAAAUGAAAGAUGCUAUCAAGCUUAGUCUUGAUAUUACAUUGGCACGCGACCUUCGCACUAGCCUCCAAUAUUUGUGCGGUCAGUUCUUGGACGUCGACAAGCAUUCAUAUGUGCAAGUCGUGCAUGAGACUGCGCGUGCAUUCCUAGUCAAGCCGAGUUUGGAUUCCGAAUUCCGGGUUGAUUAUCCCAGUGGUCACCUCCUCAUUGCAAAAGCCUGCCUUAGGUAUCUUCUGAGUGAUGAGUUGAAGUACUCUAGGCGCCGGCGGAGUGCGGCAACUACAGGGCCAAGCAAAACUUCAAUGAGCGACUAUGCUUGCCUCAACUUCGGCGAGCACAUCUUAAAGGCCACCUCCUCAUCAAAAGAGCUUUUUGACAUGCUUACAACAUUCUUCAAUAGUAAUGUAUUAUCGUGGAUUGAGCGUGUGGCACAAUUGAAGGAUCUUGAUUGCUUGAACCGGACAGCACGGCACUUAUCGAACUAUCUGGGCCGAAGAGCGAAGUACGCCCCAGUCCUUGCAAGUGAUAUCACUGCGUGGACUGUUGAUCUGCCUAAAAUGGUAACUCAGUUCGGCGUCAAUCUUUUGAGCGACCCUUCAGCGAUACACACACUUGUGCCCCCUCUCUGCCCUCGUGAUUCAGCAGUGUAUCGGCACUUUGGAUACGCAGAGGAUGGGAUUAAAUUGUUGGGAGAUUGGAACCGAGGCUGGGGCGAUAGAAUAAGUUCAAUCUCUCACAAUGACACUUACGCUACAACUGUUACAGCUAGAGAUCAGCAAUUUGCUGUCGGACUAUCCAACGGCGCCGUAAAGGUCUACAGCAACGCGACAUGCGAGGAGAAACUGACACUAUCGCACGGGGAAUCGGUUUCAGCGCUAGAGUUCGGCUUCACUACGAAGUAUGUUGCCUCAGCCGGACGUCGACAUGUAAAGCUAUGGGAUUCCUCAACUGGAACCCAGGUAUUCGAUAUCAUGACUGGAUCAGAAACGAUAGCAUUAGCAUUCAGUGAGACCGAAACAUAUCUUCUCACAGCAUCUAGAGACAAAACCCUUUCCGCACAUCAAAUUACAGACGGCUCCCAGUUGUACAGUAUAUCAUGGACGGACAGUAUCCUGGAGUCCAAUGAUCAAGCCUUUACACCCUAUGCUAACGCCGCAAAGAUAUCCAUAGAGCAACAAGCCAUGGCUAUCGUGUUUCGCAGCAAACCAGUUCAAUUAUGGUCACUCGAGGACCAACGCCCACUUGGAGCUUGUAUUCGGCCAGCUAUUAACAAGCACGCUCAGGCCAACCACAUCAUCCACUGUGUCGCGUUCAGCCCAGAUCCCGCAAAUCCAUGGCUCCUGGUAUCCUAUUGGGAUGACGUGAUCUUCAAUUUUAACAUCUUUACGUGCAAACCGUUAGCGUCAACCUCUGCCAGCAUGGACAAGGUUGCAGUUGCUCCUAAUGGCAAGACCUUUGCCGGUGGAGAUGGGACUGGCGCGGUCACUAUCUACGACUUCGAGACACUUCAGUCACUUCACCGAAUUAAGUUUCAAGGCGACCCAGUCUCAUCACUAGCGUUUACAGGAAACAGUCUGCGAAUAGUAGAUGCCCGCGGUACCCAUACUAACGUUUGGGAGCCUUCCGUUCUCGUAGGUCAAGACACCGAAUCCCACCUGAGCGAACCAAGCGAAUCCGUACACCGAAUGAUGGGGGAAGAUACCUCAUCCAUCGUCGAUGACUCCUUAGCUAUAACAUCCCUGUACUGUUGCGAUGAGACCGGCAUAGCCUUCUGUGGACGCAACAAUGGGCGGGUAGAUACUUGCAACCUUGGCGACCCCGAAAACACAAUGCGGAACCUCUUUAAGCACCGAGGAAAAUUCACAAGUGUUACAUGCCUAGAUUGGAACCAGAAAGCGAGGAUCGUAGCCAGUGCCGACUCAUCGGGGAAUUUCCGAGUGAUGCAAAUUACCGUCGGCCCCCGCAGAGAAUGGAGCGCUGAACUACUCGUGGAGGCCAGGCUGCAGCAAGGGUGGAGUAUCCGUCAGGUUCUCGUGCAUCAAGACGGCUCGCUAGUACUUGUUUCGUCGUCACAGUCCGAUGCAGUGUGGUCAGUCUCUACGAAAAAGCAGAUAGCUACCAUUGGUACACAUCAGAGAUCUAUCUGGAAAUGGUUUAAUCGCCCCUCGUCGCUGGGCGAACUGCUUCUCUUUGAGGACAACAACCUGAAACUUUACAGUUGGAGUGAUCUCAAGGAGCUCACUAUAUUGGAUAAUGCGCCAACGUCCGCUGCCAUUUCCGAAACUCGACCAUCUGCGGACGCGGAAGCGGAUGCAAUAUCGCUGUCUAGUGAUGGUGAGGAUCUAGUUUAUGUGCAGAGGGUUUAUCGUCUGGGGCCUCAAACCCUCGGUUCUGUGCAAGCUCGCGGUCUAGCUGCUGCAAAACUACAUAUAUUUGACAUAUCAACUCCGGAGACUGGUGCCGUCACUUCGGGGCGGUUCCCUACUCUGAACAGCCUCCCUAGCGUGAUCAGUCUUACGCACGCCCCUUCCAGUCCACCAGCAACGCUACCGUCUCAUCUCAAAAAUCCAUUUCUGAGGCCGCCUCUUCCCCUCCUCGAUACCAGCUCUCCUCCGCUCGCCCCUCCUCGCCGACGUUCUUUUAUCAGGAGGACAGAAGAGAUUCCCGAUAUUGAGAGUAUCAUCGGGACAGCGAAGAGAUUCAAUUUGUGGCAUCUCGUAUUUCUCUCCAACAAGGGUUGGGUCUGCUCAGUCGAAAUUGAUGCAGCCGGGCGCUCGCCAUGCGACACAUUGCAGAAAUACUUUUUUGUCCCGUCAGCUUGGAGGACUCGGGGCUCGUCUCUGAUCUGUAGAGUCAGACGUAAUCAAGAUAUAAUCUUUGUGUAUAACGAUUGUGUGUUUGUAGUGAAAAACGGGCUUGACCACGGAGAACACUUCACCAUCUAA